GUCUCCUGUUAUACGAUUGGUUGAUUGACUUGCGAAAUGCAUUGCUAUACGGUCGAUUGUUUUCUACAGCAUCUCUCCUGAGCACACUUAAUUGUCGAGCGUAGUUCUAAGAGCUUGUGGCAGAUUCCGGCAACAAGCGACAUCAGAGCUAGAAGUCUGUAUUUUCCGUCGUCUUCUGGCGGAUAGACGGAUAACCGGAAACCAGGAGCAGCUGAUUGAAGUUAAUGGUUUUCAAGAGAUUCCAAACGAAGCAUCACAGCUAAGAAAAGAUGGGUGUCAUGGAAACAUUUUGUUUCGCCGCCAUCUUACUUCUACUUGCAACACCUCAUACGGAAUCUCUCUCCAUCAAACGGCGUUCACCGAGGAGUUCCAAUGACCUCACAGCCGCCUUAAAUGUCUUGCGACGCCAUAAAAGACAGACCUCCGACGUCGAGUACCUGCGAGACUAUUUAUUAGAAAAUCAAGACAGAAUUCCGGAGCCUUACCUGAACGUUUUAAAUGACAAUUAUGACCUUAAUUUAGGAAAAUUCUACCCUCAUCAGGCUCUUCCAGAGAACCUAGUAGAUGAACAGAUGCUUAUAGAUGCAUACAAAAAUUAUAAAGAAUCCACUGUCCCCUAUAAAUUAGAUAAUCGAAAUGUCAAGCGAUCUCGAACUGUCCCAACAAAGGCUGAACUGGCAGAAAUAUUUGGAGACUUCAACAGAGCCCCUGAAAGAACCCACAAGCGACAAAUCUCCAUGCACCACACAGAUUCGGAAUUUGCAUCAUACGGAAAUGGCUUGGAGCAGAAAUUAAAGAGCAACAAAGACUUACCGUCGACAGCGAGAGAAAAUUCCAGAAACGACAUGGCAAAAGACGACAAUGACAUAAAAACAACCGGAAAACAGCGAACCCCAGUAAGCACAGAUGAGCUGAAAGAUGUGUUUGGUGAUGAUACUGAAACUAAAGAUAGUCCAUCUGACUCUGCGGCUCCUACAGAACAACCACUAUCUGGUGCAACCCAAGAUAAGAAAACGGAACGAAGUGCUCCCACUGAGGGCGAACGAUUUCAAGAACUUACAAGUUACGAAAAUCUGGCUAAUAUCAAGGAGAAAAGGAAGAGAGUAGAAAAACGUGAUUAUGACUCUGAAAUGGAGCUUUCCCAGUCUGUUCUCGAUUUGACAAGAACUGUUGCAGCUCUUCGAGAUGAGGUGUCGCGCUUAAAAAUUGCUGAGGCUUUAGAAGAUAAGGAAAAUGACCUUCUUGCAUCUGCUUUAAAACAGGCAACAUUAGGCCAAUUGCAAGGCACAGAGGGCAAUUUGGAGAAGGAGUAUUUGGAUAUUCAAAAUGCAAUAAGAGUAGAAGAACAAUUACAGGCAAUCAGAUCUCCUGAGAAUGUCCAAGACGAUGAGUCGAGUCAGGAAGAGGACGAAGAGAUUGGGGAAGGGGAUCUUCCAGUGGCUGAUAAACGAGAAAAUAUUCCUUUGGGAUUGACGACAAGCGAGGAUGCAAACAUCGGACAGUGGUACAGGAAUCCAAUGAAUGAAAACAAUGCAAUGGAGGAGGAAGAGGCAGACAAAACGCUAAGAAAGUUUGCUGCAAAAGCUCUCGCUUACAAACAUCAUCUCAAAGAGAAUGAAAAUGAGAAAGUCAUUGAAGAACUCGUAUCCAACCUGAAUCCCACACAAAGACAAGAACUAGCGGAAGGAUAUCUUGCCCAAGGUCCCUAUGACGAACCAUCUAACGAAAAUAACUGUCCUGGUGUCAAUUACCUGAUUUCCCAGUGUUCUGUAGCAAAAAUGGCUGGACUUGAAAUAGACGAUGAUGCCAAGAAUCUUUGUAAUAGACACGAAAUCUGCUAUUCAUGUGGAGGAACAUUAUCUUUCAGUCAAACAACGUGUGAUGCAGGAUUCCGUGGUGACGUCAUAGAAAUAUGUGGAGAGGACACAAAAUGUAUUGAAAACAGCGCAAAAUUUCUGUGGUUUUUAAAAUCAGAACAUACGUACAACUACGGUUACCUCGACAAAUGUGAUUCUGGUUGCGUUCGAGAUUUUAUUAAAGGACUAUGAGGUAUAAUUUUAAAAGGAAACAAUAUAUACAAUGGUUCUUUUUUCAUUGAACCUGACCACAGAAUGUAAGACCCCUGUUUCAAUAUUUGGAAUUAUCCUUGAUGCUUUUGAUUGGGCUUAUAUUAGUUUUAGAAAUAAAGGCAUUAGAGUAAAUAUGAUGCUUGUACAUUUAAUUGCUAAUUAGAAACAUCAAACUGUAUGUCCUAAAUUUUGUUUGUAUUCGGGGGGUGGGGGAGGGGGGUAUGUUUAUUGUAUUUCCUUUGAAUGAUUGAAAUUUGUAUGUUCCUUUGGGGCCCCUAAUAUGAAAUUUAUUAAGGUUUUAACUUACACUAGAUGACCAUAUGUCAUCUUAAUAUGUUUGUACUUUGAUCGGUUUUAAGACAACAUUUUAAGUGAGAAUCAUAUAAUACAGAAAGUUUGUGAUUUGUAUAUAAAGGUUACAGUUUUUAAUUUUUCAUAUUUUACAUGGUAAAUAAUUGAUAAAUAUGUCUAAUACAUUUUAUGUGUAAUUUACCGUACACUAAGAGAUAAUACCCUAUGUGCAAUUUAUUGUACAAAAAUGCAGGUUUACCUGCCCUUUAUUUAUCAAAACGGUGGAUAUUUGUAGAAUGUGUACCUCCCAUUACAAAUUUUAAACCCAUCAAUAGAUGUGUAUUACUCAAACAUUCUAAAUCAAUUUAUCAAAAAUAAAACUUUGUAAUAUUUUAUAAAAGUUAUCAAAUCAUAUUUGCAUGAUUCUAACGUGGUCUGCUUAUAAAAUUGUCUUACUUGUAAGAGAGAUAACUCUGGUAUUCAAUGAUACAUUACUUUGAUAAUUCCUUUUAUAGAGAUAGAUCAAUCCUUUUAAAAUUUAGAUUUUGGGGUGGAAUGCAGAAUCCGCUUUUAUUGCCUGUUAUGACACUUUUCGAAAAAAUAUGAAAAUUGCACUUCCGUGUGCAGACUUUCUAUUUUGAUAUAAAGUUUAUGAUAAAAUUAAACAUUAGUUAUGUAAAUCUAUUGUGGUCUGUUUGGAUGCAAAGGAGUUUCUGCAAAAUAGUCUAAAGUUUCAAAAUCUGGAUAAUUCAUUCAAAUUGGAGUUUAUUUCAAUAAAUGAACUUUCAGAAUACAUGCA